UAUGAGUGAAUUCAUCCAAAUGUAUGAUUAGUUUGAUUGCAAUCAAUGGAUGGAUUGCAACGAUUAGACCAUUGAAUCCAAUGAUAAUAUUUGACACUUAAUGUUGUGUUUGUUGUCUUAAUAACUAAAUAUAGCUUUCAAUUGAUUGACUCGUUAUAUAUGCAGAUGUGAUAUAUAUUCAUACCUUUUAUUAUUAUUAUUAUUGUUAAGUCAUUAUAUGAUUAUAUCAAUUGAUUGAUUGAUUGUUUUGUGUUGACCACCAAUUGAUCGCUGAAAAUGGUUGCCGGAAACGACGGAAUGGAGGGAUUGAUCCCAAUUGUCAACAAACUUCAGGACGCCUUCGCACAAAUGGGUGUUCCCAUGUCAUUGGAUUUGCCACAAAUUGCUGUCGUUGGCGGACAAUCGGCCGGCAAGUCAUCGGUCUUAGAGAACUUUGUUGGCCGCGAUUUUUUGCCUCGAGGUUCGGGUAUUGUCACCCGUAGGCCACUUGUACUGCAACUAAUUAACUCUGCAAUGGAAUAUGGAGAGUUUCUUCAUUGUCGGGGAAAGAAAUUUACAAACUUUGAUGAAAUACGCAAAGAGAUCGAGGAUGAGACCGAACGAACUACUGGUCAUAAUAAGGGCAUAUCUCCCGUACCGAUCAAUCUGAGAGUCUAUUCACCACAUGUACUCAAUUUAACACUUAUCGAUCUUCCAGGUAUGACCAAAGUUCCUGUCGGCGAUCAACCGAUAGAUAUUGAGCACCAGAUCCGAGAGAUGAUAUUCUCAUUUAUUAAACGAGACAAUUGUCUAAUAUUAGCCGUGACCAGUGCUAAUCAAGAUUUGGCUACCAGUGAUGCUCUUAAAUUAGCCAAAGAAGUUGAUCCGGAAGGUGUUCGAUGUAUUGGUGUUAUUACUAAAUUGGAUUUAAUGGACGAGGGAACAGACGCCAGAGAAAUUUUAGAGAAUAAAUUAUUACCACUUCGUCGCGGAUAUAUUGGAGUUGUAAACAGAUCUCAGAGGGAUAUUGAGGGCAAAAAAGAUAUUCGUGUUGCACUCGACGGUGAGCGCAAAUUUUUUCUGUCACAUCCAUCAUAUCGACAUAUGGCCGACAAAAUGGGAACACCAUAUUUGCAACGAGUACUCAAUCAACAAUUAACUAAUCAUAUUAGAGAUACAUUACCGGCUUUAAGAGACAAACUACAGAAGCAGUUGUUGACUCUUGAAAAAGAUGUUGAGGAAUAUAAAAACUUCAGACCGGAUGAUCCGACCCGCAAAACCAAAGCAAUGUUACAAAUGAUACAACAAUUGCAGACUGACUUUGAGCGCAAUAUUGAAGGAAGUGGUUCAGCGGCUAUUAAUACAUCUGAAUUGUCAGGCGGUGCUCGUAUUAAUCGCUUAUUUCACGAGAGGUUCCCUUUCGAGAUCGUUAAGAUGGAGUUCGACGAGAAAGAGUUGCGACGAGAGAUAGCUUUUGCCAUUCGCAACAUUCAUGGUAUACGAGUUGGUCUCUUCACGCCUGACAUGGCGUUUGAAGCCAUUGUUAAGAAACAGAUCGGAAAACUUCGCGAACCAUCACUUAAAUGUGUAGAUCUUUGUAUCACUGAAUUGGGAAAUGUUGUUCGGAGAUGUACUGAAAGAAUGAGUCGAUAUCCACGGCUUAGAGAGGAGACUGAGAGGAUAAUUACAACUCAUGUUAGAGAACGGGAACAGAAAACCAAAGAUCAGAUCUUGCUUUUGGUUGAAGUGGAGUUGGCUUACAUGAACACCAAUCACGAAGACUUCAUCGGCUUUACAAAUGCUCAACAGUCAGCUGAGAGUGCACAGGGAGGUCGCAAAAAAUUGGGAAAUCAGGUUAUCCGUAAAGGCUAUAUGUGUAUACAUAAUUUGGGUAUUAUGAAAGGCGGUUCCAGAGAUUAUUGGUUUGUCUUAACCUCUGAGUCUAUAUCAUGGUUUAAAGAUGAAGAGGAAAAGGAUAAGAAAUAUAUGUUGCCAUUGGAUGGCCUCAAGAUUAAGGACAUUGAGUCAGGAUUUAUGUCCCGAAGACACACGUUUGCACUUUUCAAUCCCGAUCAGAGAAAUGUCUAUAAAGACUACAAACAAUUGGAGUUGUCGUGUGAAACAUCCGAAGAUGUCGACUCUUGGAAGGCGUCAUUCUUGAGGGCCGGUGUUUACCCCGAAAGAUCCACUUCUUCUGGAGAUCAGUCAUCUAAUGGUGGAGAGGAUGGCGCCUGUGAUACAGGUGUUUCAAGUCUUGAUCCACAACUUGAACGACAGGUGGAAACCAUCAGAAAUCUUGUCGACUCUUACAUGAAGAUUGUGACGAAAACUUUCCGAGAUUUAGUACCGAAAAUAAUAAUGCAUUUAAUGAUAAAUGAUGCGAAAGAUUUUAUUUUUGGUGAACUGCUAGCCUGUCUAUAUGCUGCAGGAGAUCAGACUUCAAUGAUGGAGGAGUCACCAGAAGAAGAGCGUAAGAGAGAAGAGAUGCUUCGUAUGUAUCACGCGUGCAAAGAUGCGCUCAAAAUCAUUGGAGAUGUGUCGAUGCAAACCAGUUAUUCACCGGCACCUCCACCCGUAAAGGACGACUGGUCACUACGCAAUUUAGCGCCAUCUCCUACACCACCGCCCGCAUCGAAUCCAUCACAGAAUAGGCCGCCACUAAACAAUCCCAAUCGACCGGCGCCCCCGCCAGCUGCCAAUCCAUCUCGUGGCGCUCCUCCACCACCGGGCAGACCGGCUCCUAAUGUCCCGGGUCGUGGAGCUCCACCACCAGGUCGCGGAGGUGUACCAUUGCCACCGCCACUCAUUCCAACGCGUAAUGUACCGUUUAUGCCGACACCGACCACAAACACGACAACCGAUAGACCUCUAAUCCCGCCGCGAAUUCCUGACCGACCAACGAGUCUAACCAAUCAUCGAUGACAUGACUCUUGAAAUGCAUACAUAAGACAAUGAGAUACAAAUUGUCGUUAAAUUAACUUAAAUUAUUUUAUUUAAAGUCAAAUAUGUGUUUAACAUUAGAGAGUUGUCUCCAAAAAGUGAUUUUUUUGACAACAUGUCUGUCUUUACAUUCCACGGCAAUUACUAACCAUUGAUAAAAUCAAUCAAAUUUUAGGAUUUUAUUUUGUGUUUUAUGUCAGCAAAUAUGAGAUAACGCUUUAUUUAAUUUUAUUAUUUUGUAUAUAUUAAUAUAUA